CUCAGAUACUCCAGUACUGUAUACAUUUCAGCUGUUCUUCUCUACCUAAUUUGUUGGGGCUUUUCCGCGCCUGCCUACCAUGGCCUCAGUCUCGGCGAAACUUCUCCAAUUCUGGAAUAGCCCCACGGGGCCGAAGACGACGCAUUUUUGGGGACCAGUUGCCAACUGGGGCUUUGUGCUUGCGGGUCUUGCUGAUAUGCGAAAAGAUCCCGAGUACAUUUCGCCCAAUAUGACGGGAGUCAUGUGCGUCUAUAGCGUGCUCUUCAUGCGGUUCGCCUGGGAGGUCAAGCCACGCAACUACCUGCUCCUCGCCUGCCACGCCUCCAACGAGGCCGUACAGCUAUACCAGCUCAGCCGCUGGUACGGCUGGAGCAGCAGCCAGCAGCAGCAGCAGCAGCAGGCGGGGGGCAACAAGGAGGCGGCUGCUGGGGUGAAGGUGGAGGAGGUGAAGCGGGUAGAGGCGGCGCCCAGCAAGGCAGCGUGAGGUGACGCAGGGGUUGGCUGCAAGGGGUAGCUGCACAGCAGGGUUGCUGCAAGGGUGAGCUGUUAGAACAAUGGAAUGAAGAGGAGAAGGUCCUGCAGCGGUUCGCACGACUGAGUGGUUGCUGGUUGGGU